AUGGUUGUCAUACUAUGCUAUUUGUAUUAUUUCAAGAGUUUCGUAUCUAAUUCUGAGUUGAUUAAUCUCAACUUUGAUCUUUUAGAUAAUUUUAUUCUUUCCUUUAACAGUUUCAUUCAAACCGGUUUCAACAAGUACACCUUUAAUCAUGGUGUUGCAUCUGGUGAUCCUACAUAUUUGGAUUCGAUCAUUGUUUGA